GAGCAUCCAAACCUUCCAUCAUUUCCAUUCUUUUACGAUUACUAGCUAGAUCACCCACCACAGUGAACUAUCAUCAUCACAGAGAAAGAUACAAAAAAAAAAAAUGGCUUCAAGCCCACCCAUCUCCACCGUCUACGUGCGGAACCUCGAGGAGCGCGUCAAGCCCGAGGCUCUCAAAGAGGUCCUGCAUGCCGUGUUUUCCGACUACGGAACGGUCAUCGACAUCGUGGCCAAGCGCAACCUCAAGGCGAAGGGACAGGCGUUCGUCGUGUUCGACCGCCCCGAGUCCGCCAUCCAGGCCGUCGAGGAGAUCCAGGGCUUCGAGAUCUUUGACAAGCCGAUGCAGCUCGCGCUUGCGAGGACGAGGAGCGACGCUACGGUUCUAAAGACGGGGAAUAAGGAUGAGUUUGAGCUACACCAGCGGAGGAGAUUGGCUGAGAAAGACAAGAAGAAAGCCGCCGAAGCAGCCGAAGAGCAAAAACGUCUCAAGCGCCCCGGCGCCCUCCCCGCCGGCGACCGCCCCGCAAAGACAGCGCGCGGCCUCAAGCCCACUGCGCCCGCAGCCGGCGCCGGCGGCCCCAACGCCGUCGUGCCUGACGAGUACCUGCCGCCGAACAAGAUCCUGUUCGUGCAGGGCCUGCCGGACGACUACCACGACAUCGAGGCGCUCACGGGCGUCUUCGGCCGCUUCGAAGGGUUCCGCGAGGUCCGGCUGGUGCCGGGCCGAAAGGGCAUCGCGUUUAUCGAAUACGAGGCCGAGGCGGGCGCUAUCACGGCCAAGGAGAACACGGCGGGUAUGGCGCUGGGCGAUAAGUUUAUUAAGGUUACGUACCAGAGACAGUGAGUGUGGUGAGGAUGAUGAGGAUGGUGGCGGUGGUGGUAGUAAUGAUAAGUCUUGGCCGUGGCUACGCUGGUGUUGUGUGCAUGAUACCUACGUACUACUAGGCACUUACCUCCCUAGGGUAGCAUCUAUUUUCAUGCUUCCUCAGUAGGUACUUGACGUAGAUAACUCACAGGCCAUGGGAGAAUCGAGACAAAUGCGAGAGAUUUUGAUACAUAGAAAUCCAUACACAAUAUUCCCCCCC